CGGCUGGCCAGGUGAAUAUCGCAGGUGAUCACCGAGUCGUCGUCGUCGUCGUCGUCGUCGGAUGGGAACUCGAAAUGGCCGCAGAGGGCAUCACCGGCGAAGUGACAGCACCGGGUCGCGUGUCAGUAGCAUGCGCGAUGAGAUCGAGCAGCGCCAGCGGCCAAAGCCCGGUGACGAUUUGCCAGCGCGCUCCGGCUCAUCGCAGUCGGGACGGGUGCCGAAGACACCAGUUCUAGAGCGCUGGGAGUCGAUAUUGCGCGAGACCACCAGGUCGCCAGAUAAACCGGUAGUGGCACCUGGGUCAGCCAAGGUAUCGGAGAUCCGUGAGAUCAUCGAGGAAUGGCAGCGCUCCGAGUCGCCCAACCCCAAGGCGCGCCGGCAGACAGACGAUCAGCAAUCACCGGUACGACUGCAUUGCCGCCCAUGGCUGCGGGCAGCCAGGGCUCGCCGCAGCAUUUCGUGGGCGAAAUUGAAUCGGUCGGCAAGGCUGGCAAAACCGCCAACUCGGAGUCCUCGUCGGAUGGUGGGCGGCGGAAGCGGGAGACGGGCAUUUUCGGCGAUUACGCCGGGCUGUCGGCCGGCUCCACAGACAAUAGCUCGCCAUUGUCAGCCGCAGACUCACCACCACGUCUAGUGCCGUUGACGCCGGUGCCGCGACGUGUUGGUGCAUCGUCCGAUAGGCAGAAGCAACCGGCAGCCGCUCGAUCGAAUACGACGACAUCGCGCGAGUCGCGGCAGUCGGUAGGCACUGCACUGUCAAGCAACGUUCCGCCAUCGCUCUUUGGCAGCGACAAGAGCACUUUCGACACGCCACUGCUGUCGAGGCUCCCGGCAAUCACUGUGCCUAGCGGCGUGCCAAGCCUGUAUACGAUUAAUUCCACCGUCAGCGGUCCAGAAAAGCACGAGCGCGGAAAGUCUGUGGAUAUCCAGCAACAUAUUCUUGAGAGCGUACGCAGCGCCGUCGCAUCACCGGUCAGCAUUGGUGGCCACAAGAAACAGUCACUGGUGACAGAUCCGCGUACCGCCAGCAAUGAGCUGCUGGCAGGGCUGCAGCAGGUCAAGGUGGCAUCGCCGGAGAUCCGCAGCACACCUGGAUCUAGGGCAUCCAGCGACAAGUCUUCCUCACCCAUCCCUGCCCACGUAUCGACUGCCAAGGUGCUGGAGAGCCCUGCCGCCAACCUGCCAGCAGCAACGACUGCCGCAGACCGCCGCGAUUGGGCGCGGCAGCGGCCAAACAGCCGCCCCCCACUCGCCACAGCAUCGGAUUCAUCCAGCAGCCGGCCCUCAGCCGCUGCAUGGGAGAAGAAGCUGAGGGAGCGUGCCGAGCUGGCAGCCAGCACAGUUCAAUUAAGCAAUCUGGAAGUCAGGCCAGUUGUUGUUGCGAGCCCUGCGGAAUGCCAUGCAGCCAAAGACCUCGGGCGGCUUGCCGUCAGAGACACCUGUGAAGCGCUACGACAAGGGGCGACGCGAUUCGGCAAUGUCGAUGGGGACGCCACCGGUUGACCCGCAGGUACGCGAGGAGAUGGUAUCGCAGGCUCUGGCGUUCCUGGAGGGCGCACAGACCCCCUAGUGGAACUACUCAGGUGGCAAAGAAGCCUGGGCGCACGCCCA